CCGUCCAACCACUCACCUUCAAACCAGAGCGGCUCUGUGACAGAGAAGAAGAAAGAAAGAAACGAUCAUUUCAACUAUACAAGUUCUUUCUUUACAGCCCAAAUCAUGAAAGACGGAAUUAAACACGCGAACUACGGGGAGAAACUUCAUGAAGCAGAAUGGCUGCAGAUGACUACUUAAAGACUCAUUUUUAAGACUUUUGGAAUAAAAGACAGUUUUAAUUUAAACUGAGCCACCUUUCUGCCAUAAUGGCAAAAGAAAACGACAUGUGCCACAUCAAGGGUCACAUCGACGCUGAUAAUAGCCCGCUGAUCAGCGCCUUCAUGUUCGCUGCAGGCAUCUUCGGCAACGUGGCCGCCCUGGUGAUCCUGGAAAUCCGCCGGCACAGAAACUCCAAGAGCAAGGGUGUGCAACGCAGUGCAUUGUUUCACAUCCUCAUCACGACGCUGGUGAUUACGGAUCUGACUGGGACUUGCUUGAUCACCCCACUGGUGCAGGUGUCGUAUGCGUGGAACAUGACUUUGGUCGGGAUGUCCAACAGCACUCACGCAGUGUGUCACUACUUUGGUUUUAGCAUGACUUUCUUCAGCCUGGCCACCAUGUCGCUCCUCUUAGUGACAGCGCUAGAGAGGAGCUUUGCCAUAGGCUACCCCUACUUCUACAGCCGCCAUGUGACCAAGAAAUGUGCUUACAUCACAAUCCCAUUGUUAUUUUGUUUAUGCAUUUUAUUCUGCCUGCUUCCUUCUGUGGGAUUUGGUAAAUAUGUACAGUACUGCCCUGGCACAUGGUGCUUCAUUGACAUGAAUCCAGAAGAAAAGGAAGACCGCAUCUAUGCCAACCUGUACGCCACUCUUAUGCUGGUGCUGGUGCUGACCAUCGCUGCGUGCAAUGGCUUUGUGGUGUACCAGCUGUUCAGGAUGUACCAACGCCGGAAGAGGCACGGCUCAGUGAUGGUGACUAUGACAACCAACAGCCAGCGCAGGGCAGUUUCCAUGGCUGAGGAGGUGGAGCACCUGAUUCCUCUGGUCUUCAUGACCAUCAUCUUCAUCAUCUGCACACUGCCCCUGGUGAUCCAAGUGUACAUCAACUCAACGGGGACAGAGUCUGAUACUAGGAGCCUGAUUGCUCUCCGGUUCAUCUCCAUCAACUCCAUCAUCGACCCCUGGGUCUUCAUCCUCCUCUCCCCCAGUGUGCUGCACUUUUUGUGGUUCUCUCUCUGCCGAACCCUCCUGAGGACCUCCAGAGAUUCUGUGUUUAAUGAGACGCUGGUCAAUAAGAAUUCUGCAAACCUGAAACACUGUGGCCAGACGCAAAAUACACAUAUUUCUACAGCAGCUGUAUGACCGCAGCCUCGCUUUGUUGUUUAUAUUCAUUAGGCUGAAAUGCAUUUUCUCUUGUAGGAUCUCAUGAGCUGCAGAGAUUUGAUGGGAGGCAACAUCUCUCCCAUGAGGUGGAUGUUUAUUUCUGGAUCUUUCCGUUAGAUAAAACCAUCUAACUGAACCAUUCGCUUCCACCAACUUUUAACAUUUCAGCCAAGUUUAAAGACAUUAAAUUGAGGGAGUUUUUUAUGUUUAUUAUACGUUUAUUUUAUGUUUAUUAUUAUAUGUUUAUAUUAUAAAGGACACUUUGCCUUUGUUGCUGCUAUGACUUCAUGUCACCUGGUUUAGAUGAAUUGAUGAAGCCUUUCUGUUUCUGUUGUAUGUUCAUCUAGAGAACAUACCAUAAUAAAUCAGAAGAAAAUCGCUAGUAAUAUAAAUACAACCAGUGACAGAUACAGUUAUUUGAUGAGCUUUAUGAAAGAUUACAAGUUAUUUCCUCCCGGCAACAUUUCCUCUUAUUAUUAAAGAAGCAUGAAAUCCAUAAAAAGUCGAAUGAAAUUAGGAACUUCGGCUCAAAUUGGAGGAAAUCCAGCUUUCUUAAACUGAAGCAAGAGGAAAUCAACACGCUGCAUCGUGAUUCAACUUAACACACAUUCAAGUUUAACUUGUGUAAAUGCUCAGUUUGAGCAAAGGGGACGAAGCCUGGAGACGAAGAUUUCACUCGGAGUGAGUGAUAAACAAAAACAUGUUACUUUUAUUUAUCUACUCAGCAUGUCGCUUUCAGGAUUUCAUUAAAAUGUUCAUUCAACUGCAAACGUUGCUUCUUAGACAGUGUUGAGCAACUGUAGCUCGGGUGGGUCAUUUCAGGGGGAUGGUGGUUUGAGUUGUCCAAGAGCAAGACACUGAAGCCUAAAAUCUCAUUGCACAAACCUCUUUGUUGGUAAAAAAAAAAAAAAGUCUCAUGUUUUAGGGAUGAAGCAGUAGUGGUGGAUCCAGAAAGCCUCGGUUAAAGGACUGGACGACCACUCCUGCAUAAGCCUUACCCUUUGAGACUUGAGGUUACUUAAUUUUCUGCUUGAAAAUUGCAUCCAUAAUUAAAUUAAUAUAUCUCUACAACCAAAAGAUCUAUUUGACCGUCUGUUCUCAGCUUUUAAAAAUAUAUAAGGGCACUAAAGGAAGAGGUUAGGACUGAGGGGAGGAUUUGGGCCUAAGUUGCUGCUUAUUGUACGGCCAGCAUCUCACAAGGCAGCUUUACUGCUAUUCGUGUGUCUGUUUGUGUGAAUUUGGAGAACAGCAGACCAUUAUUUAGAGUAUAGAUGUAAUGCAUUUAAUGAGCCAAAUUACUGCAGAUAUCAUGACCAUAUAGUCUCUUUGUUAUUACAGCUUUUACAUGAUGAUUCCUUUCCUGAAUGGAUUGUUUUCUGUAGCUUAGAUUAAAGCAGAAAUGUGGUCAUUUUGCAGAGACGCUUACAUUCAGCAUUAUUCACAGUAAUUCUUUAAAAAGGACCACAGUCUGCUUCAUAAAUGGGUUUUUACUGGAGAACAGAACUCUGUCACCAUUUCCACCCUGAAUCUUUUUUAAUGCUCUUGGUUGAAAGUUAUUUGGAAAAACUAUGAAAAGACUUAAAGACUAAAGGGCCAUUUGAAACACAUUAGUUUCACAAGGGAACAUGUUAAAUGUCACUCAGAUGGCACAAAAAAAUUAUUUUAAAUUUCCUAUUAGAGCACAGAUGGGAAAAUAUUGUAAUCUAAAAAUUAAAUCCCUACACUAACUUAAAAAGUAUUAGUUUGAUUACAGCUGCACUAAUAAAAGAUAAACUCCCCUUCUGUAUCACUUGGAAACGCCACUAUGAACCCAGUUUCCUGGCAAAAGCUGGUGGUUUUUUGUUUUUUUAGCAGUAAAAGUAGCUACAACAAAUUUUUGAGGGAUCUCCGGUCAUAAAUCUGUCAGUGAAAAAAAGAAAACAGAAACCAUGCCAACUGGAAUAACUGGUAUUGCGUAAAAACAGGGAACCAGAUUUAAUUGCAGCAGUCUGGUCUGGAGCGAUGUGUCAUUUGAGAGGAUGGCAGGAAGCUUGUUGCACUGUGACGUCAGCAGUUUGUUGCCUCUUGGUUCUGAGCUCAGCAUCGAGAUGUUCAGUAUUUACCACAGUGACUUGCUGCUUCCUGUCGAUGGGUGUGAAUUUAGCUUCUGAGUGUGGAUGUUCCAGUAAUGUUUUUUUUUUUUUUUUUUUGUCUUGAGAGGAUGUGUGCAUGUGCCUACAAUAUGUGCAGCCUUUAAUGUAUGCAUGGUGUUAUAUUUGGUGUGUAUGGAUGUUUUGGCUAGACUAACAUAAUGUGAAUGUGAUCAAACCAGAAAGCUUUCUACCUGGAUGUCUCUUCAAGUACUGUAUGUGAAACUGAAUGCACUGAGCACACAAGUGUGUGUAUGUAUUCUGGCUUAUGUAAAUAAACAUCUC